UGCUGGCUGUGGUGAGUGUGUCCUCAGAGGGAGAUCACCACUGAGCUGCAGUCUGUCUGCCAUGGCCUGUCUGAUGGCCGCCUGGUCCGUGCACAACCCCACUGUGACCAACUCCAUCAUCAUGAACACCAACGGGCCCCCGGACCUGAUGCUUGACCCCCGGACGGUGUGCGUCUGUUUGGAGGAGGCGGUCAGCAGGAAUCCGGCGGGAACCCAACAGACGCCGCUGCUGCAGAAGCACCAGAAGAAGGUGGACGGACCCAUAAAGAAGGUGGACAACAGCCUGACGGAGGCCCAGAGGUUCUCCUCAUUACCACGGAGGCCAGCGGUCAACAUCGCGUUCAAAGAUGUCUCCUACUCAAUCAGAGAGGGACCCUGGUGGAGGAAAAAGGGUUACAAGACUCUGCUCAGAGGGAUCUCUGGGAAAUUCACCAGCGGGGACCUGGUGGCCAUCAUGGGGCCCUCAGGAGCUGGGAAGUCCACGCUCAUGAAUAUCCUGGCGGGGUACAGGGAGACGGGGAUGAAGGGCGAGAUCCUGAUCAACGGCCAACCCAGAGACCUGCGCUCCUUCCGGAAGGUUUCCUGCUACAUCAUGCAGGACGACAUGCUGCUGCCACACCUCACCGUGCAGGAGGCCAUGAUGGUCUCGGCCAACCUGAAGCUGCAGGAGAAGGAGGAGGCUCGGAGGGAGAUGGUCCAGGAGAUCCUUACAGCUCUGGGUCUGCUGGACUGUGCAAGAACCAGAACGUCCCACCUGUCGGGGGGUCAGAGGAAGAGGCUAGCCAUCGCCCUGGAGCUCGUCAACAAUCCUCCGGUCAUGUUCUUCGAUGAACCCACCAGUGGUUUGGACAGUUCGUCCUGUUUCCAAGUCGUCUCUCUUCUCAAAGCUCUGGCUCGAGGAGGACGGACCGUCAUCUGCACCAUCCACCAACCCAGCGCCAAACUCUUUGAGCUUUUUGACAAGCUCUAUGUGCUGAGCCAGGGUCAGUGCAUCUACAGAGGAAAAGUGUCCAGUCUGGUUCCGUACCUGCAGGUCCUCGGACUGAACUGUCCCACCUACCACAACCCAGCUGACUUCAUUAUGGAGGUGGCGUCCGGGGAGUACGGGGACCAGAUGGUGAGACUGGUGAAGGCGGUUCAGGACAGGAAGUCUGAGGAGGACCAUCAGACGGAGCUGAACGGAGACACCAGCCUCCACCCGCUGCUGUGGCAGGAGGAGAGUUCUUCAUCUGAAGGCUGCCACAGCUUCUCAGCCAGCUGCAAGACCCAGUUCUGCAUCCUGUUCAGGAGGACGUUCCUCAGCAUCCUCAGAGACUCGGUGCUGACCCACCUCAGGAUCUCCUCUCACAUCGGCAUCGGCGUUCUGAUCGGUCUCCUGUACCUGGGCAUCGGCAACGAGGCCAAGAAGGUCCUGAGUAACUCGGGCUUCCUCUUCUUCUCCAUGCUGUUCCUCAUGUUCGCCGCCCUCAUGCCCACGGUGCUCACAUUUCCUCUGGAGCUGGGCGUCUUCCUGAGGGAACACCUGAACUACUGGUACAGCCUGAAGGCGUACUACCUGGCUAAGACCAUGGCUGACCUCCCCUUCCAGGUGGUCUUCCCCGUGGUGUACUGCAGCAUCGUCUACUGGAUGACGGCGCAGCCUGCGGACGCCGGCCGGUUCUUCCUCUUCCUGUCUCUGGGGGUCCUCACAUCUCUGGUGGCUCAGAGCCUGGGUUUGCUGAUCGGAGCCGCCUCCACCUCGCUGCAGGUGGCGACCUUUGUGGGUCCGGUGACGGCGAUCCCGGUGCUGCUGUUCUCAGGGUUCUUUGUCAGCUUUGACACCAUCCCCUGGUACCUGCAGUGGAUGUCCUACAUCUCCUACGUCAGGUACGGCUUCGAGGGCGCCAUCUUGUCCAUCUACGGUCUGGACCGGGCGGAUCUUCACUGCGACGAGGACGAAACGUGUCACUUCCAGAAGUCCGACGCCAUCCUGAAGGAGCUGGACAUGGUGGAGGCCAAACUCUACCUGGACUUCAUCGUCCUCGCCAUCUUCUUCUUCUCUCUGAGGAUCAUCGCCUACUUCGUCCUGCGCUACAAGAUCAGGUCUGAGAGGUAGACCAGGACCAGAACCAGGACGGGGACCCGACCAGUGCGUCUGCAUCUGGACUCCGAUGAGGAGACGCUGUAGUCUGGUUGAAGUCCAGCAGGGACCGGAGCUGGUCUCCUGGUCUCUGGAGGUUUUUCUGUGCCACAGUCUGAACUUCUCAGGAUAAAGGCCUCACCGGGCCUCUCUGGGCAGGUUUCUGACACGAGAUUCUGAUCCAGAGGUUUUCAGGACCACGAGGACUUCUCUGCAACGGUAGUGAAUCAUUUCUAGGUUUGUGAACGGAGACGUGUGGACUCGCUCAGAAAUAAACCCGUCUCAUGUCCCGA